UGCUUUGUUAGUAUUUUGGCUGUAAUAUGCUACUUGGAAGAAUACCUUUGGCUCCAGCAUCCUCGUUGUUCUCUACCACCAGCAGAAGCCAAGUUCAGAUUAGGCGAUUGAAUUCAAUUGCACAUAAAGCAAUGGCAACUUCAAAGAAUACCCGGAUCAAGAAUCCGGCUCUGUUUGUCUGCGAUAUCCAGGAACGUUUCAGGCCAAUUAUCUAUGAAUUCCCGAAGAUGGUAUCUACCUCCCUCAAAAUCCUCCGAGCCUGCAAACCACUUGGCAUCCCCAUCUACGUAACCACCCAGAACCGCGCCCGUCUAGGCAACACAGUGUCCGAAUUCGCACCCUACCUCGACCCUUCCAACCCCAAUCUCCGCGCCGAUUUCGACAAGACCUUAUUUUCGAUGGUGAUUCCGGAGAUCAAGGCUCUGCUGCCCAAUACCGCUGCCACAGGAGGUAACCAGGAGCCUCUCGAUGUCAUCCUGAUUGGAAUCGAGUCGCACGUUUGCGUCACACAGACAGCCUUGGAUCUAUUGGCCCUAGGCCAUAGGGUGUAUUUGGUCUGGGAUGCUGUGAGCAGCUGCAAUGCUGAGGAGAGGAAUGUGGCGAUGGCGCGACUGAGAGAUGCUGGGGCAAUUGUGACGACGAGUGAGAGUAUUUUGUUUGAGGUUAUGGCGGAUGCGAAGGUCCAAGGAUUCAAGGAGGUCAGUGGGCUGGUAAAAGAGACUGGUGAGGACACGAAAAAGGCCCUGGGGGCCUUUUGCGCAAAGAUUUAAAGAAUUUUCGGCUACAGUGGACUUCGACGGCUAUUCGGAUGCUAGGCGGCAGAAUUAUUACGUAUUUUAUAUAAGCUGAUAACAUAUAACGUAAUUCACCCCCGAGCGGCUCACACCACCAAGCG